UUGACAGUAUGAUGGAUGGAAAUGAGGUAAUAGCUCUGUUGGAAAAAAUAGAUGUGAUGGUCUCUGACAACGAUCCACACUGCUACAGUGGACUGAUGUGUGAUGACACUAAAGAGCAGAAAGACUCUGAGUCUCAGCAAAAUCCAACAGAUGAGUUUGAGAAGAAUGCAUCUGAUGUCAAGUUAAAGUGUGAUCCACUGAAUGAACCAGAUGAUGUUGAACACUCAGAGAAGAAGGAUGACAGCACAACAUCAGGUGGAGAGUCUCACAUCAAGUCUCUAACAGCAUCUGCAGAUGAGAAAGGUACCUUACAUACAGAUGUGGAUGGAAACAAGAAUGAGAAAUCAGAGAAGACUUUUGAAGAGAUCAACAUGAAGGAGCAAUAUCAAAGACAAAUUGAAACACUGCUCUCCAGACUUCACCUUCAAGACAAAUAUAAACAAAAGUUGACACCAGCUGAUUUUCUUAGAAUAAAUCGAUCUGUGAAACAGCACCAUGACACAUCCGAGAAAGAUCUAGCUCACACUUUUCUUCAGAGGUUGAUGAUGUUAGACUACAGAUCCAGAUAUAUUCCUAUAAAACAAGACAGUCCUGAGAUAAGCUACUCAGAGCCAGAAAAUACAAAAACAGAAGAAGAUGACUUUGAUGUUGUUUUUAGUACAAGUGUAGAUUCUGAUCAGCCAAAACAGUCUCAUGUUCAUCCAAUGGAUGUUCAAAUGGCAGUAUUUCACUGCUCAGACAGCUUUCUGAAGCAGAACAUGAUCACAAAGCUAUCACAGUGUCAGUACGCCUUACCUUUGCUUGUUCCCGACCCAGUCACAAUGGACAUUGAGUGUCCUCUGUGGACAUUCAGACAAAUAAGAAAAAGCUGGAAGAUAACUCAAACCAAAGAUGAUUCAAACACUGUCACCAUGAAGAGUAUUCCCAUUUACAGAGCUGAAACGCCCAUGGUAUCAUUUAUCCGUCUUGGUUCACUGUCACUGUCUAAAUCUCAGCUGAUGAACACUUUGAUCAACGAGCGUCACAGCACCUUCUUCCACAGAAACUGCCCAGGAAGCACCAAAUCUCGCCAUUUAAUGGACGGUGUGGCAGAGAUUGCCUGGUACUGCCCUGCUGGUAAACCCAAUGAUGCCUUCAGUGACUGCAUUACCUUCUGUAAUCUUCAUGGUGAUGCUCUGAUGAUUGAAAAACAGCGUGAAAUACUGAUGGAAAAAUCUUCAGUCAAUGUUGUUCUGGUACCAACUCUGGAGAGAGGUGACAAAAGUUGGACAGUUAUCUCAGCCCUCCUCAACUCUCCUAAACCUCUCAUUUGUCUCAUUGUUGAUAAUGAUUGUGGUGCAAUAAAAAUGAAAGAGGGAAAAUACAAAAUGGGCCUUAAAGACAAAAGCCAGUCAGAUGUUUCUGAAGAACUGAAAGGAAUCAUUGGAAAAAUCUUGUCUGGACCACAUACAGUCUUCAAGCUAGCAACCAUGGCUGAGGUCUCUGGAAUCAGAGUGGAUGAAGAUGACACAGUCUGCCGAAAAGGAAAAACUGCUGCUAUGAAAAUAGUGGAUUUACUUCAAGGGAUGGAUGUUUCAAAGAUCAAAGAUAAAUAUCUCAAGUGUCAAGGCCAACUGUGGCAUGACUGGUGCAAAAUAAACAAGGAACAGUAUCACCUCAAAGGGGACAUUGAGAAGGAGAAAUGUAAAAAACAACAGGAAAUGAAGAAAAUACGUCAAGAACAAUGUUCUGCUUCCUGUAGUAAACUGAUGAAGUUGUUCAUUGAAAGUCUCUCAUCUCUGCCAUCAGAAGAAAAAGAGUAUUUCCUGAAAUGGAUUCAGAUCUUACUGGAUGCACUCUCCACAGAUGAUCUGUCCUCAAUUCUCCAGAAAUAUGAUGAGAAGUGGUCUGAGGUCUUGACUUUGAAGAAGAAGCAUGAUAAAUCAAAACAGCUAAUGAGCAAGCAAACUGAGCUUGAGGAAAUAUCAAAAAAACUGCAGUCAGCUACUUUUGGCUUAGAGCACAUCUUUAGAGAAAUUGGACAGAUCUAUGAAGCUCAUAAAUCUUUGCAGGAACAAACAAAGAUGGAAGAGACUGACUGGUCUAAAUACCCUGAGCUGGCUGCAGAGCUGAUGAUAUCAGGACACCCAAUGGAGCUGAUGGAUGGUGAUGCAGGUCAUGUGCCUUUAACAUGGAUCUCUAGUCUUUUAGAUGAAGUCAUCAAGAAACUGGGUGACAAGAGAGUUUUUGUUCUGUCAGUUUUGGGCGUACAAAGCAGUGGAAAAUCCACCAUGUUGAAUGCCAUGUUUGGAUUACAGUUUGCUGUAAGUGCUGGCAGGUGCACCAAGGGUGCCUUCAUGCAGCUGGUCAAAGUGUCAGAAGAGAAGAAGAAAGACUUUAAGUUUGACUAUGUUCUAGUGGUGGACACUGAAGGACUGCGUGCUCUUGAGCUGGCAGGAAACGCCACUCUUCACCACGACAAUGAACUGGCAACAUUUGUUGUUGGUCUGGGAAACAUGACAUUGAUCAACAUCUUUGGAGAGAAUCCAGCUGAGAUGCAAGAUGUCCUUCAGAUUGUUGUUCAGGCUUUCAUGAGGAUGAAGAAAGUUAAACUUUCUCCAAGUUGUGUGUUUGUUCACCAGAAUGUUACAGAUAUUGGAGCUGCAGAGAAAAACAUGGAUGGAAAGAGGCGACUGCAAGAAAAACUGGACCAGAUGACUAAACUAGCUGCCAAAGAAGAGGUUUGUGAUGCUGAAUGCUUCAAUGACAUCAUUAAAUUUGAUGUGCAGAAAGAUGUGAAAUACUUUGCCCAACUGUGGGAGGGAAGUCCACCCAUGGCUCCUCCAAACCCAGGUUAUAGUGAGAGCGUCCAGGAUUUAAAGAACAGCAUCCUCUCUAAAGCUUCACAGUCUACUGGGACGACUCUCUCACAGUUCAAAAGCAACAUAAAGGACCUGUGGAAUGCCCUUCUGAAAGAAAACUUUGUUUUCAGCUUCAAAAACACACUUGAAAUUGCAGUGUACAGAAAACUUGAGGUCCAAUAUGCGAACUGGACCUGGACCCUGAGGAGCCACAUGUUGACCAUUGAGAACCAGCUUCAUACCAGGAUUGAAAAUGGAAAACUUGACAACGUUGAGCUCAGCUAUCUUUUUAAAGAAAUGAGCAAAACAUAUGAAGAAAUUGAGAAAGGCAUGGAGGUGUACUUUGAUGAUGACAGAGACAAAGAGAUGUUGGUUCAGUGGCGAGGCCGAUUUGAAAUCAAAAUCAAAGAGUUUCAUGAUGAACAGGUGAGAGGAGUUAAAAGAAAACUGGAUAAGGUAAUUCAACAGAAGAAGGCUUGUAAAAAGAUGGAUGAUAAGAAGACAGAGUUUGAGAAGAAACUGCUACAAGAGAGCAAAGAGCUUGCUCAGCAGUUAAAAGACAAGGCCAAAGAUGAAGAGGAACUUCAAAAACAGUUCAACAGUGUUUGGAGUGUCUGGGUUUCCGAAUUCACUAGAGACAUAAAACCUAUUGAGGACAUCAACCUGGAACAAGAACAAAUGUCCAUCCUUCACGAGCUCGGUAUUGAAUGUUCUCUUAUAGAUGAUUCAAAGAGCUGUGAAAACUACAAAAAGAUAUCAAAGAUUGGGGAUUAUUAUACGUAUGUAACCCUGAACAAGCACCAAGAGCUCUGCAACAAAAGGCAAAACAGGAACACAAAAGAGCAAGGAACAUUGAAAACUACAUGGGUGUCCUUGAGGAAUUUUUUUCAAAAAGAACCACUGAAACCAAGAGAAGAUUUUUCAUUUGAAGAACAACAACUGAUCAGAUCCCUCAUUGAUAAUGUUGAACAACAGACCAUUGACAUUAUUAAGAGCAAACCUGUAGCUACAAGAGGCUACAGUCCAACUUACUUGCAAGAAGUGGCCAAAAAUGUCAAAGAAAAAGUGACAGAUUUUGAAUCAGAGAGGAAAUAUGCUCUGAAGAAGGAGUUUACAGUUGAUCUAUUACUGUAUGUGUUUGACAAGGCAGGAAGUUUGAUUUCAGACUCACACAACAAAUUCAAGAUGAACAAUGAUGCUGUAACUUUUAUAGAAAGCAAGAAAAUGCAGUAUUACAACAUUUUUAGAAGUUUUUGCAAAGGAAACUCAUCUGCUGUUGUGCUUGGAGAACUGAUCUGUGAAAAACUGAAGGUUUCUACUGUUGAAGCUGUCUGUAACAAAACUGCCAUUGAUCUCGCUGGAGAGAUAAGGUGCAGUUUCCCAGCAUUCAAUGGGAACAGGUUGAACUUGGAGAAACAUGUGUUGAAGUCACUGGCAGAGAAAGAAGACUUUGAUGGUUUCAUCAACUACAUCCGACGCCCAAGGAGCCAAGUAGAGAGUUUCAUAAAAGAGGAAGUAGAGAGAUACAUCUACCCAAAACACAAAGCUAAAGCACAGAAAAUAUUGAAGAAAAAUGUUGAAGACAUUAAUAAACAUGUGAGUCAAGCUUUGUUCGAUGCAACAGAGAAAGUCAAAACUCAGGGAGGAAACACAGACAUGUGGCUGAAGGAAUUUUCCAGUUUGAUAAAAGAUGUGCUGACAUUUGACACCAUUAGUUCUGAAAAUUUCAGUGACAUAAACAAAUUUGACUUUCUUAAAGAAGAGCUAGAGAAAGGACUUACCUCCAUCAUUAAAGAGUUGAACAGCCUCUCUUUGGAAAAGAUGAAGGAAUUCAGGCUGAAGCCAGAUCAAAUCCUCAUUGAUCAGCUGUGUAACUGCUGCUGGGUAAAGUGUCCAUUCUGUGGAGCUGUUUGUACAAACACCUUGGAAAAUCACAGUCCUGAUGAUCACAGUGUGCCAUUUCAUCGACCAGAUGGGAUCAAAGGAUGGCACUUUAGAAACACAGUGGAGAUGUGCAUUGAUUUUUGUACAACCAAUGUUGCAAGUGAUCACAGUUUUUACCCUCGUCAUGAUUCAGACAAGUUCAUUCCCUUUAAACAGUACCGCACUGGUGGCCCAGAAUAUGCUGACUGGAGAAUUACUCCUGAUGAGUCUAAGCUAGCGUACUGGAAAUGGUUUAUAUGUCGAUUUCAAAAGCAGCUUCAAGACCACUAUAACUUAAAAAUGCAGGGCAACGGUGAAAUUCCCAAAGAGUGGAAAAAAUACUCCAAAGAAGAAGCUAUUAAAAGUCUGGAUGAAAUGUGUCAGUGAGCCAACACAACACAACUACAACCCUUCUGAAAAUUAUGACACUUUCAUUUGCUACUAAACAGCAUUUUCAGAUGUUUGCUGUUUUUAUAAUUGAGAGGUGAAUUUGUCUGUGACAAAGGAUAUAGAAGGUGAUUAGACUUUUAUACAGACACUUGAUUUCUUGCUUGAAGUGAACAUAAACAAAAGAACGCAGAAGAGCAAUACUCAUUAUUCAUAUCUACAGGGUUGGUUACAUCUGUAAAUCACAGCUAUUUCCAUGCAAAAAAAGAAAUUUAGAUGUGUUUCUGAGCAAUUAUGGGUUGUAGGGGAAAUAAGAUAAAACAAAGCAUCCUAUUGCAUUGUUGUUUUACAGGAUGC